AUGGAAUAUUUCUUUUCGGGUAAUGCAAAAUUUGAAGCAUUGAUCGACAACGAUUACGACCACAAAAAAGUUGAUGUGAUGCGGACAAACCUCAAAAAAACGUUAUUGCAGUACGGCAAAGAUGAUGACCUCAAAGGAAAGAUUUUGAUCACUUUGAUUGAUCCGUCGAAGCAAAUUCAACACUCAGGAAUUAAAAUAUCGUUAGUCGGACAGAUCAAGAUCAUCCCUACCGGAAAGACGUACCAAUUCACUGAGCAAGUACUUGAACCUUCUCGUGGGGGCAUUUUGUUCCAAGAGAAAACAUUGAUACCAUUUCAUUUCAUUAAGCCAUUCCAACAUUACGAAACUUUCAUUGGCGAAGCCGCACAAUUGCAGUACUUCCUCAGGGUCCAAAUUCAAACAAAAUAUCCCCCAAGACCAUAUUUCGAACAAGAACUUUAUGUGUUUAUUCCGUCUGAAAUCACACCCGUUGCUCCAUCAAUUAAUCUUGAAUUUUGUGUGGAAAGGAAUAUCCAGUGUGGACUGCACUUGAGGAAGUCUGUUUAUUGUUCUUAUGGCGAUUUGGUAAUGGGCGACUUGAUCAUGCGAAACAUUAAAAUGAUGUUGAGUGGCAUUGAAUUGCACAUCAUAAGAAAAGAGAGUUGGAACAACAACACCGAGUCGCAAAUCACAAUUUUAAAGAAGUUUGAAAUUAUGGAUGGCAUCGUCAUUAAAGGGGAAAAGAUCCCAAUCCGACUCCCAUUAAAAGGUGUUCCCCUCACAAGCUCUUACAAAAACAUUGGUGGUGUCUUUUCCGUCGAUUACUUCAUAAGUGUUGUCAUCAUCGAUACAGACGAGAGGAGGUAUUUCGCUGAAACACCAAUCAUUGUGUAUAGUCUAUCCACCCCAGUAACAAUUAAGUCUUCAAUGAUCCCUCCAACACUCAAUUACAACUUGGACAAACUCACUCGAGUCGUCCAACCGACUAUUCCAAAAUUCUCAGAAAGUUCUUCUGAUAAUUUACAACCUUCUCGAACAUCAGAACUUGCUGUUGAUGUGGAAUAA